AUGGCGUCCACGCAGGGCAAUCACCAGCAGUACAGCUCAGACGACGCAGAUCGCAAGAACCGCUUCCUCUCUGACCAUGGCACGGACUCCCCUAACAGCCUCCGCGAGCGCGCAGCUAGUCAGCCGCCAAGAAGUACUAGUCAAGGGUUCACGUCUUCCCCUGUGCAGCCGACGAGGAACCCCUCUGGGACCGCCUGGCCUCGUCUUUCCGGUCUCAAUCCUAACAGCAUCAACGGUGCCCUUCCCUCCUCAGUUCCCACGCGAAGCGUAUCGUUUUCUUCCUCUCCUCCCAGCCUCGCUUUCUCCUCCGCUAUGCGUGACUCUCGCUUUGCCUCAACCUUCGAGGACGACGAGUCUGAGGCCCUGUCCGACAUCCAGGACUACGACCCCUACGACCCGUACAUCGACGAUCCUUACCGCCGCGCCUCCAUGUCCAACACGCGCGGGCGCACCUACGCGGCGGACUUGACGCGAAGCAGGUCGCAGUCACUCGCAACCGCGCGCCCGGGCGCAUUGGGCGGCAGCCUGUCCGCCCAUGGUCCGUCCGGCCUCUGGAGCCAUAACUCGCUCAGCGGUGCGAAAGACAUUCCCGGAUCGCGGUACGGCGACUUGAAACCUCCAGGGAGCAGUCGCUACGGCUCGUUGGGAGCACUGGGUAGGUCUUCCUCCAGCGGCUACGGCUCAAUAACAGACCCGUCGAACAUGAGCCCCUUCCGCCGAGACGUGGGCCAGAUCCUGCUGGACGACGGCUCCGCCUUUCGAGAGCUCGGGACGACCAGCCGACGUCAUAGUGUGAGCGUGGUCCAGCCGCGAAGGCCGACUAUUGUUGGAUUCAAUGCGCCAGGUGGAGAUGGGCCGGAGGAGAUGUCCCGCCCCGGGCCUUUCCACUCUGCUUCCUUCGCAGGCGGUGGGGGCCUGCUGCUCACGGACGAUGAUCUCGCGAGCGACCUAAAUAUGCUCAACCUCCGCGACGAACCUCGCACGUCCUCGUCGAUGCAGCCCCCCAGUCAACCGUCGUCGCUCCCCAUAUAUGCGCCUCUCUCCCGCAGCCCACCCUCUGCCGACCGCCUCUCGCCGUACCAGCCGCUGCACCUCAACAUCCCCGGCAACUCGUAUGUGUCUCGCCAGUCGAUGGGCUCCCCGAGCGAGAGCGGGCUCUCAGGCGGCAGUCCUGGCCGCGGGCAUCUCGACAGCAUCGGUCGGGACAGUGGGUACGCGAGCCUCUCCGGCGAGACCUCCCGCCAGGCGACGCAACUAGCACGGUUCAUCCCCGGGCAAGGCAUCCAGAACAUCCCCGAGCAGAGCAUGCUGCAGACGCCGCUCUCGCCCGUCGGCGUGCGCGCGAGCCACUACGCGGCGGCCCCGCAGAUGCAGCGGCGCGGGUCGGACGCGGCGCCGGGCAAGGCGAUGGCGGAGCUCGGGCGGGGCGUGCCGCUGCACGCCGUGCCGACGUCGUGGCCGCUGUACAUCGUCGAGUUCAAGGCGGGGCGCACGGACCUGUUCUACAGCACGGACGUCGCGCCCGACAUCCGCGCGGGCGACCUCGUCAUCGUCGAGGCGGACCGCGGGAAGGACCUCGGCAAGGUCAUCAACGACACGAUCACCCUCGCGGAGGUGGAGGCGUUCCAGAAGCAGCAGAAGCUGAUGAACUACGCGGACGUGCAUGGGACCCCCACGAGCCCCACCGCGAGUGCGCCGCCCGCGGGCAAGGAGAUCAACCCGAAGAGGAUAUACUGCAAGGCGCAGCCGCAGGAUACGCAAGUGCUCGCGACGAAGCUACAGGACGAGAAUAAGGCGCUGGAGCUCUGCAGGAACAAAGUGCGACAGAGGAAGCUGCCGAUGGAGGUGGUCGACGCUGAGUACCAGUGGGAUCGCCGGAAGCUGACGUUCUACUUUGUCGCCGAAAAGAGGAUCGACUUCCGUGAACUAGUUCGGGAGCUAUUCCGAUUGUACAAAACGCGGAUCUGGAUGGCCUCGCUCGGCGGUCCUGGAGGUUACGAACAGUGA